AGGGCGAGCAAAGGGACAAACAAGGACAAUGCUGAGCAUGGAGAUGUACCCCAGUUUGACUAUGGGACCACAAAGGAUUGGAGACUGCUUUUACAGAGACCGACAGGCUCCAGCCCACAUGCCGUUGUUCCCCACUGCCUGUGACAUGGCGGCCAAAGCCCUGCCACCGAGGGUGCUGGCCCCUCCCCCUGUCCCCAACGAGCCUGCCACCAAAACCCCAAAAGAUGAGGUGAGGAUGGAGCUGGAGAACGCGUCUUUAUGGAAACAGUUCAGCUCGGUGGGCACAGAGAUGAUCAUCACAAAGAAGGGCAGACGAAUGUUCCCCGGGCUGAGGUUGAAGCUCUCAGGCCUGAACCCAUCUCUCCGUUACAUCCUCCUCCUGGACAUCAUCCCGGCAGACAACUCCCGUUACCGUUUCCAAGGGGGUGGCUGGCAGGCUGUUGGCGGGGCAGAGGCGAGGCUACCAGACCGCGUUUUCAUCCACCCAGACUCACCUGCCACGGGCUCUCACUGGCAGGGCCGCACCAUCUCCUUUCACUACGCCAAGCUCACCAACAACACACUGGACACACAGGGACAUAUAAUCCUGCACUCGCUGCAUCGCUACCAGCCCAGACUUCAUGUAAUUGAAGCCAGAGACAUGCUGAGGUGGGGCGGAGGGCAGCACUCCUUCGUUUUCCCUGAGACCCAGUUUAUCACAGUCACUGCCUACCAGAACAACAAGAUCACAGAGCUAAAGAUCAAUUCCAACCCCUUUGCUAAAGGCUUCCGAGAGGACGGCAUGAACAGCAAAAAACAAAGAGAUGCAAGACAGAAGCGCAAAAUAUCUGACUUGACAGAAACCUUGGAUAUCGUGAACUGUGACCCAUGCGACUCUACUGAGCUUCUGCCGCAACCCAUAACCACCACUACCACCAGCACAGACCUGCAGGCCCUCGCUCUGGCCUCUAUGCCACCACUGCCUGACCCCUCCUGCGGGUUCAGACCAGAGGAGGCCUCCUAUCAGGACACGCUGGUCCCGCAGCAUGCGCUAGACCUCGGCCACGCAUUCAUGGCAUCCCAGAUGUCUGAUAUCAGCAUCUCCAUGGCUGGUGGGAUGCAGGAAAGAGUGGGAGGCGAGGUGGCAAAUAGUAUGAUUGAACGAUCAGACACUACAGCUUACACCUCCAACUUCACUGAUGCUCAGGCCAACUCCUGUUUCCCCUCAGCUCCUCUUCCUCCGUCAUCCUCCUCCUUCUCCUCCCUUCCCACCCUCGACUCUUCCGAUAUAUCCGAUCCUCAGCCCUCCAUCCCUCCUAUCGACUAUCCCACCAUUCUUUCCUCCUCCCCCACGCUCUCCUCCUCUUCCUCCUCCACCACUCCCUUACUGCAGCAGACCUCCUUCACCUUCCCCACUCCGCCUCCUUCUAACUCCUCCUCACCACAGCCACUCCUGUCCUCCUCUUCCCCCUCUGCUAACACUUAUCACACCAUCCCAGAGGCAAUCAGCCCCCAUACACCCACAGACGCCUCUUUUCCUGCCCUAGAUUCCACAUUUCAGUCAGGUCUGCAGGACCAAAUAUCAGCUGACUCUCUGCUCACCCAACCUGGUCAGCCGAUGCAGGGUGAACCUGUUGCCAGCGGAAAUGAUGCGCCCAGCGAUCAAAGCUCAGCAGCAUUUAUCUAUCCAAAUAACUUUCAUGCAAAUCCUAAUCCUGCUCCAGUUACCACACAGCCUCUCCCCAACAAAAACCACCCACUGGCUCCUAGUUUGCCAUACUCUCUACCCACUCAUGGUGCCCCCUCAUCUUUUGCCUUCCCCUCUCUCCCACCACACAUGCAAAAUCUGUCAUUUGCGAAUGUGCCUCCCAGCUCUGCCCACCCUGCCCUGCACCUCCAAAACCUGAGCCACCAAUCCCAAGCUCCCUUCCCACCCUCCUCCUUCGCUCAUCCAUCAUCCUCCAUUCCUCACCCUCCUUUCCAACCCUCCUCUUGCUUGGCUGUCUCCUCGUCUUUCCAGCAGUCUGUCACCUCUGCUCCUUCAAUGACACAAACAGCCCAUCCUCAAAACCUGCCCAAUCCCCGUACUUCCUCCUGCCCCUCCUCUUACCCUCCAGUUGAAAUGGGUGCCAUCCCACAGUUCAAUCAAGCAGCCCCCUUCCGCCCAGAGAUGGUUCUGCACCACCCGUCUCUUCUCCCUCCGCUGGAUCCAUCACUCCCCUCCAGUCUUCCCUCCUCCACCCCUCCCCCAGCCCUCUACCCCGCCUUUCCAUCCUACUCUCUCAGGCUUUGUCAGGACCCUCACUCACCGCUCUCCAUCCCGUUCAGGCAUCUGUACCGGCAACACCAGCAUGGCCACGCCCACCCCCAAGGGUCCUACCUGGAUAUGAGCACAAGAGCUGUGUUUUAAA